UAUACCUUCUCAUCCACAUCCCUCUCUCUCUCUCUACUGUUUUCAUAUGUAUGGCUUCUAUCGAUUCUUGUUGGUUUUCUCAGCCACAGGCGAUGUUUUUAUUGUAAAAGCUAUAGGAUUUUUGGAGCUCUAGCAGUGGAAACUCAAUUUCAUAGGUUUUCGAAUCGAAUCGAAGAAGAAGAAGAAGAAUAGGAGACAUGGAUUUGCAGUGAUGAAGCUUUUGUGUUGACCUUUUUGCAAUAGGUUCCAUCAUAUCUUCACUUUUUUGUAAACCUUUUUUCCCCAAUUUAGGGUUUUCUUUAAUAUUUUCCAAAAGAAAAGCUGAACUUUCUUGACUUAUCAAAAGAUAGCUAUAUAAAAAAAAUACAAGAAAUAGAAAAUUAUGUUACAAGGCAUGGGAGGAGGAGUUGAUGAUUCUUUAUCGAAUUUAACUUCGGCGAUUUCAAAUGAGGCAAGCAUCAAUUCUAGCUCAAAUGGAGGUACAAUCCCACAGCAGCAUAUGUACAACCCUUCACAGCCUCCUCCUCCAAAAAAAAGAAGAAACCUACCUGGCAAUCCAGAUCCGGAGGCAGAGGUGGUGGCGCUGUCACCCGCGGCGCUGAUGGCGACGAACCGGUUCGUGUGCGAGAUCUGCAACAAGGGUUUCCAGCGGGACCAGAACCUGCAGCUGCACCGGCGGGGCCACAACUUGCCUUGGAAGCUGAAGCAGAGGAGCAACAAGGAGGUGGUGAAAAAGGUGUACAUUUGCCCCGAGCCGAGCUGUGUCCACCAUGACCCGGCUCGGGCGCUAGGGGAUCUCACGGGCAUCAAGAAGCACUUCUUUCGCAAGCACGGGGAGAAGAAGUGGAAGUGUGAGAAAUGCUCCAAGCGCUACGCGGUCCAAUCCGACUGGAAGGCCCACUCCAAGAUAUGCGGCACUCGUGAGUACCGAUGCGAUUGCGGUACCCUCUUUUCUAGGCGCGACAGUUUCAUCACGCACCGGGCCUUUUGCGACGCCUUAGCCGAAGAGAGCUCCAGAGCCAUCCCCCAAACAGGCCCUAUCCACCCCUUCCAAAACCCUAAUUUUCUCCAACUCAAGCAAGAAACCCUAAAUUUCACCCUCCCGCCGUGGCUCUCCCCACCCGACCCCUUCUCUCAAAACCCUAGCCCAGCCGCCUUCUCUGCUACAGGGCCGUCGUUGAUGUCAGCGACAACCCUGCUCCAAAAGGCGGCGCAGAUGGGAGUCACUAUGAGCGGUCAGGGCGGGAAAAUGCCCUACCAUGGGUCGGACCACGAGGACCAGAAUAUCUUCGUGGGCCAACCUAAUGGACAAGGAAUUUUUGCCAACACGUCCGCGGCUUCGACAGCUGUCUUGCCCCCACGUGACGAGUUUGUGCACGGGCUGGGCGCGUACGAGAAUAUGGUCAUGCCGUCGACGAGUGGGUUUCAAGGGUUUGAGGAUAGUUUCAAUGGGAUGUUCAAUGCCAAGAGGAAUGUGGAGAGCUUUCAACAAGAUGGGAAUCUUAUGGGGUUGAGGAAGGAGGGUGGCGGUGGCGGACGAGGCGGCGAGGAUGGGAAGACAAGGGAUUUUUUAGGGUUGAGGGCGUUUCCGCAUAGGGAUUUUAGCAAUAUGGCUGGGCUUGAUCAAAUGGGUAGUUCGUCUUCUUCGUUUGAUCAUCAAAACCAAGCACCAUGGCAAAGUUGAUCUAUGAUUUGAAUUUCUAUCUUCUUUUUUUAUGUGUCCCUAGCUAUUUUUUGAGGGAUUUUUGGUUGGUCUAUGUUGUUGUGUUAGUUUGAUCGAAUUUGAAGUUAACUCUUAAGAAGAGCUAAUUAAACAUCUUUCUUUAUUGCAAAUUUUAUAUGUUCUUGUUUUGUUUA